AAAAAUGAAACUACCAACGACUACAAUACUAUAAUAAAAGCAAUCACAUACAAACAACCCAAAUGUUCACAAUAUCGUCGUUAUAGGAGAGACACCACCACCAUUAUCAUCGCAGUUUAAUCUUUAACUAAUCCGUCUUAUGCUAUCAAACGAAAACCCUUAUACUUGUUUGUUAUGUCGGUAUUAUAUUACUUAUCUCAGAGUUAAACAAGUCUUUUUAAGAGAAAAGUUUAGCGAAAGUUUCCCGUGUAAUUGUAUAUAUGCCCCACGAUAGUUCCUUGACGAAAACAACUAAGCUUCCAAGAUGUAUUUUACGAAAAGUUAACUAAAAGUCGUAGUUAGUUAUAAAUUGCCCAACACUUCCCUGAUUAAGGUCACAAAUAACGCGAAUAAGCAAAAUGGAGCGUAUGUGGCGUAAAGUUAGCUUUGGUGGCAGUCGUUCUACCAAGAACCAGAGCAAUCCCACUGAUACAGUGAGUUCGGCUGGUGGUUUUGGUGAUCCUCAGAUAGUACUUGCGGUGGCUGGUUCCAGUUCAGCGACUGGCCGCCGUUUGGCGACCAGUGGGCAAAUGCCACCGCUUAAGAUAAUGAAUAGCGGUUCAACUAUCGCAAGUUCAGUAAUGGUAGCCGGCUUUGAUAACAAUGAGGGAAUGGCAGCAGGCGGCAUUACUGCGGCCGGAGCAUCAACGACACAAUUUCGCAAGUCCCUAAGUCAGCAUGUGCUGCAACCACGUUCCGCUUCGGCUGAACGUCGUCGACGUCGACGUCGUAAAUCACGACCACGACGUACUGGUAUGAGUUGUGUGGGCGGUGGAGGAGACAACAUGUCUUCUUCUGGCGGUUUUUACACGAUAAAAGAAUCGGCAGAAGUUUUAACGAAUAGUCAUCAUCGUUAUCAUCAUCGUUCGUCGCGUAACUCACACAUGAUGAUGGCGAAUUCGGCGCCUUGUGGCACGGUUAUGAUGUAUCCUAAUCCCAAUAGUGGACGUGAAGUUUUAAGCAGUAACCCUACAGUGGGCAAUAACAAUCAGGCAACAACAGCGACUAGUGCAAAUGCGACAGUACCGUCUAUGGCAGCGAGUGCCACGACUGCAACGGCACCCGAUAUUUCUUUACGUCAGCGCGCUGUCGCCAAGUUGCGUAUGUUUAACUUUCACUUGAACUGGGAUUUACAGAUGACUCAUUGCAAGCCAUGCGGCAGCGGCAGCGGUGGGAAUAUUAUCACUCGACGUUUGUGUCGGAAUCGCCGUCGCGAGGACAAUGAGUUAUAUCGUUCGAACAGUUUUAAAUUUGAACGUUUCGAGCGCAAAGAAUAUAUGGAAGAAUUAGCAGACACUCUACAAAAACAGAUCGCCAUCUGUGAUGAUUAUAGUCUGCCUGUGGAUUUUGUUAAAAAACGACCGUCCAGCUUUGAUCCCUGUUUAGCUGAAGCUUUGCCCACAAACCCCGAGAACUGGACUGCUGCCAGUCCACAAAAAGAAUUUGUAAAUUUUACUGAACACACUGAACAACAACAGCCGUCACCACCGCCACCGCCACCGGCUCCCUUAUCGACUCUACCUUCUAAGGCAGGAGUUGUUAACGCUCAUUUAACAGCUUUGAACAUAGCAGACACACUCGGUAAUUUGCCACCCCAAGUUAGUCUGUCACUACAGAUCGCACCGCCGCCAUCAACCGUACAAAGUCAAGGGCCUUUACAUCAUCACUCUACGUUACAGCAACUGCCUGGAUAUCCCUCACUAAAGCUACAUAGUCAACGCAGCCAGACACAACAUCGUUUACCACAUCCGCAGUUGCCAUUCCCAGGAAUUGGAGCAAUAACUGCAUCUACACAAGGCCAAACAUCGAUUAUUAAGCAAGCGUCCGUUAAAAUUAUUGAGGGUUAUUCGGAUCCUAAGGAUAGUAAACGUCAUAAAAAAUUUUAUCAUAAAAAGGCUAAGAAACGACCACAUAAAAGCCACCAACCUCCAACAUCUUCACAAAGCCAACAGUUAUCAACUCAACAACAACAACAACAACAACAACAUCGUCAGCAAUCCAUAAAUACACCACAACAACAAAGACCACAAGACCACUCCGCUAGUAAAGCACACCAUAGCCAAGAUAAACGCAGCAAUUACAGUUCAGACUCCUCGGCUCCAAAGUCAUCUAACGACGAUGGGGAAGAUCAGCCAUCAGUGAAAGUCCCUGAACUCAAUUCACCGGACAGCAUAUCGGACGACCUUGUGCGUCCAUUACUAUCUCAAGCUCAUCGUAGUCCUCGCAAACUUAUUGUAGCCAAUGCAGAGCACAGCAAACGUAAUCCUUCGCCCUACUACUAUUCGGAUUUGCUCAAAGCUAAGGAGCCAACCGUAACCGCUACAACUGAAAAGGAUAGCCGUCAAAAGCUGAGGCAAUCAACAGCCUCAGAACCUCCGCAAGCCAGCCAACCUUUGACGGGGCCUUAUCGUAAGAGUACCAGUUUAGACGUACCCGAACGUACUGAGCAAAACACUAACGACGAACAAGACGACGAAUUUGAUGAAACCGAAGCAACUAAUGCUACCGUUCUACCCAGAUCUCAGGACCCCAUACCAAAACGAUAUUCAUUUACGGAGGACGGAGUUCAUAUAAUACGCUGUGAAUCACCGUCUACUACAACUUCAGACGAAUCGGAUUGCAGUGAAUGUUUGAAGAGGCGGGAGUGGCAUGCCCGUGCUUUGGCUUUGGUACGUAAAACGUGCAAUGUUCAACCUUUAAAUCCCGAAUAUGGUAACAUUUGCCAUGAUUCUAAUCCAGAAACUGUAAAUUGCACUGUUUAUCCCGAAGCGCUACCGUCGAUGCCGCCACAUAGACUGUUCGGACCAGCCGCCUGUGCCUGUGUAGCUCCCAGUCUUGGUGAUGAUCUAGAGGACUAUUUUCGCCCACGCAGUAUUUUCUAUGUACAUCCUCAUGGCGUUCAUGAGUGUGACGAUUGUUCAACCCAGGAUUCAAAAAACUUAAAUUCAUCCAAAUCACGCUUAUUGCUUGAUACGACUAACUCAACCCGCAGCGAUAACGCAUUAGAUAGCAACCCCGCACUUGGCGCAGUUGACGAGGACGACGAAAUGUCUGGUCGCACCCGCCAACUUUAUGAAACAGCUUUUGAUUGCAAAAUAGCGAAAUCUGACGAUGAUCUUGAUGAGGUCGAUCGCAUUACGAAUCAUUCUGUACUGUUGCAACUCAAUAACGGGAAUUUGCCUGCGAAAGUCGAUACACGUUCAUCAAAGUCUGCUCUUGGUAAAAACCGACUGGAAGGAAAACGUUUAAAAAACUCCAAAAAUCAAGCCAUACAGGAACAGGCGAGUAAUUCAGGUGGUAAUAAUAGUGGCAGCGGUUCACCGUUGACAGUGGGUGCAUCCAACUCCAUAACCGUUCCAAGUACUCGAUUAAACGAAUCCAUGCCCACCAGUAUAUCAAUUCUCUCCAAUGAACUAGGUAACGUACACUUACGGGAAACCCAAGCUGUAGAUCAGCAAAAUAAUCCAACCACAACGUCUUCGUCUCAGCUGCCGAUGCGUGGCUAUACGCCUUCACCACCCUCAACGGCACCCUUACCAAUGAAAUUUCCUGGAAAGCAUGAACGUUUUUUUAUGAACAGCAUUAGAAGUGCUCCGAACCUGCCAUCAGCAAAUCCGGCCCAUCCACGUUUACGCGACUUACGUCUUCCCAUACAUUCGAAUUUACGGCAACAACCAAAUUCUUCGCUAGCGACAAGCAAUGAAAAUAGUUUGGCCGAUAGUGCUUAUGUAAAUCCGCCAUCUUCGAUAACAGCACACAAUCAUAAUCAUCACCAUCAUCAUCAGUCAGCAUCUAGUCAUCAUCACUCGAACGCAGGUAAACCUGCCCACAGCAGCACUAGAUCCCGUAGUCGGCCACGUUCGUUCGUCUUGGAAUCAGGACGGGUAUUAGAGUUGCGCAAAAGCCACGCCUCCCACCACCACCAUGUGAGCAAUGAAGGUCGAAGACCACAUAAUUAUUCUUCUACCGAAAGCAUAGCCACAUCGAGUAGCGGUGGCAGCAUGGAAUCGCUGCGCUCGAGCACUAGUGAAGGCAAUCGCAGUACGUCCAGUUCAGAGUCAAGGCACUCGACUUCGUUGAGUUCACAUAGCUCUGAAUCGGGCAGCUCAAGUGUGGCUUUUCCCUUACGAGCACCCGUUGUCAUACAUUCCAAAUUGCAUAUCCUUAGUCCAAUAUCAGACAAAUCGUCCCAAGAGCCGGCUUCCGAACUUUCUGAGCAAAAUAAAACACAAAACGCCUCACCAGAAGAUCUAACUACCGUCGUGGCAGUCAGUGACAAUCAUAAUCCUAAUCAGAUGCAAAAUAGUACUGGUAAUGUAGAAAAUGUACGUCCAACAACGCAGCUUCAAAUGGAUGCCUUGAAGAAACGUAGACCACCGGCCAACAAGACGCUGAUGCAAUUAACGGACGAAAUUCUCGGUUCGGACAGCGGCAUAUCGUUACAUUCCCGCGAGGAUGGUAAACCUUUAAUAGGUUUGCAAAAGUUCACGUUGCCAAAAUUGAAUUUUCCAUCUACCGAUAAAGUCAAUAAUGGCGAUAUUACAGCCGUGAGUACUAUUAGUACUAACAGUAUGGGUCUGCCACAGGAUCUUAGAGACUUACCAUUCGAUAUGCCAAAGUUGAGACGACGAAAAACUUUACAACAGGAAGCUUGUACUUCCGGCAGUGCCACAUCAGUUGAAUUGGGAGAUUUACCGUUUGAUAUGCCCAAAUUGAGAAGGCGUUUGCGUGCCAAUCAAGCGGAAAUUAAUAGUCUCUUGACUCAUAGCACCGAAUCGAGCGGCAUUUCGCAAGCCUCAUCCAGCCAUUCGAUACGUGAUGACAAUAAAACUGCUUUAAAAUUAGACUCUGCAUUGUUUCGUCAAAACCUUACCUUAAAUCUAAACGAAUCACGGCCAAGUGGCAACAAAUUUGGUAGUUUGGAUUUACGUGGAGUAACCGCUAAUAAAGAAUUAAAUCUGAAUCUGAACCAAGGCUUUGCCACAGCUGUAGAUUUAAUUGAUGUUUCAAUACCUUUGGAAAGGCAAGGAUGGUACCAUGGAGCUAUAACGCGAAUAGAAGCUGAAACUACUUUGCGUCCUUUGAGUGAGGGUAGCUUCUUAGUGCGUAAUUGCGAAUCAACCAAACAGGAUUAUUCAUUAUCAUUAAAAGGAGCUAAAGGUUUUAUGCAUAUGCGGAUACAACGUAACGAAACCGGCCAAUACAUCCUGGGGCAGUUUAGUCGUCCAUUCGAUACCGUCCCCGAUAUGAUACGUCAUUUUUGCCUAAAUCGUUUACCAGUACGCGGAGCUGAACAUAUGUGUCUAAUUGAACCAGUUAUAGCACAAUUACUUUAAGUAUUUAAUGAUUUAAAAGAUAACUAAAUACGGGCAACGUAUGCUGCUAUUGUUUGACGAUUAUAAAGAUAAUAAUUAGCGAAAAAAUUUUAAUUAUCAAAUUGUAGUAAUGUGCACUGUGUUUUUAGCCCAUCAAACAUGCCGACCCAUUUAGCUCAGAUCAUUAACAGAUUAUCGCCGAUAAUAUUCUCAUGCAAACAUUAACAAAUAUUUUAAGUGUUAUAGCAGUCGAAAGCCCGUUCGUUUAAUUACUGAUGAACGGAUAGAGUCUUAGUUUAACACUUAAGGACAAUAUUUGAAUAAACAAAACAAGAGUUUAUGGAUAAAUAGGUAAAGAAAUAAACAUAAAAUAUAUAUACUUUUAAAAUAAGUUUAAAAAAUGCAAAGAAAAUAUAUGAAAAAUCUUCUUCACUACCUAAAAACUACUCGUGACGUAUAUUCCGUACAUACACGGCAUGGUAUAUAUUUUUAUCUAUAUAUAUUUAUACAUAUAUAUAUGUAUAUAUAUUUAUGUAUACAUAUAUGUAUAUUAUGAAUAUAUAUAUGCAUGGAAUCAUACAUUUAUUUUUAAAAGGAAAGAAGACAUGUUUUAUACUCGUCUCAGAAUAAGAAGGAGAAAAAAAUAAGCGAAAAGAAAAACCAAUAAGUAAACAACAAGCAACGGUAUAAACACAAUUUGAACACACAGCUUUUUUUUUUAACUUGUAUUUCCUUAGAACUUAAACUAUGAAUUCUUAGCGUUAGAAAGCAUUUGAACUUUUCAUUAUUAAAAACUAAACUCUUUAAACAAAACUCAUGGCUAGAAAUUAGUUUAAUCUGAAACUUUAUCGUAUGUAGAAUAAAAAAAAAUACAAAAACAAACAAAUAAAAAAAAGCAAAAAAAAAA